AUGCGAUUAACGUCUCUUUCAUUUUUGGGGUUAUUAUUAUUACUAUCAGUAGAAAUUAUAUAUUGUGGAACUGAUUAUUAUUCAGUUUUAGGAGUAUCACGGUCAGCAAGUUCAAGAGAAAUUAAAAAAAGAUAUAAACAAUUAUCAAAAAAAUAUCAUCCAGAUAAAAAUCCCGGUGAUAAAGAGGCCGAACAAAAAUUUGUUCAAUUAGCAGAAGCGUACGAAGUUUUAUCGGAUGAUGAAAAACGAGAUAUUUAUGACAGGUAUGGAGAAGAAGGACUAAAGCAGCGAAGUCAAGGUGGAGGAGGUUUUCAUAACCCAUUUGAUAUAUUUGCUUCAUUCUUCGGUGGAACUGGUCAUUUCGGUCAUCAUCAACAAUCGGAAAGACAAGGGCCGAACAUUACUAUGGAAUUAGAAGUGGAAUUAAAAGAAUUAUAUUUAGGAGCUCAAAUUGAAGUCGAUGUUUCGAAACAAGUUAUUUGUGAACAUUGUGGAGGAUCGGGUGCAAAGAAAGCAGAUGAUGUUAUAACAUGUAAUGUUUGUGGUGGACGUGGAGUUAAAGUAGUUAAACAACAACUCGGUCCUGGAAUUUUUCAACAAUUUCAUUCCACAUGUGAAACGUGUGGUGGAGUAGGUAAAAUUGUAAAAUCGAAAUGUCCAGUGUGUAAAGGAAAGAAAGUUCGACGUGGAAAUGAGCAAUUAACAAUAAUAAUUGAAAAAGGGCAAGUUGAUGGUGGAACGAUUGUUUUUGAGAAAGAAGGUGAUGAAUCACCAGAAACUAUUCCCGGCGAUAUAAUAUUUAAAGUAAACACAAUACCGAAUCCGACAUUCGAAAGAAAAGGAAACGAUUUAUAUGCAGAACAAACAAUAUCACUGAUAGAUGCACUUACUGGAUUUGAAAAGAAUAUGACACACCUUGACGACAGAAAUGUUUUACUGAAAAGAGAUAAAGUAACGCAACCGGGAUUUGUUCAAAUUAUUAAAAAUGAAGGGAUGCCACAAUUUAGAUCACAAAGUAAAGGCGAUUUAUAUGUAAAAUACACGGUAGUAUUCCCUUCUGUAAUAGAUGAUAAUACCAAACAAGGUAAGAACAGCAUUAUUUUAUAG